UCUGUUUGCUCCUGUUUCCAGUUUGCGAGUCUGUGUGCCCGGCUUAUUUGCCGGGUCCCGGCGAUCGCACGAGAAAGGGGGCGAAUUCGCUCCAGUUCCCCGCAGCUUCCCGAGAAGACACGGUGGGCGUUCCUGCAGGGGCCGCUCGGAGCAGCCCGUUGGACCCAGAGGCCGCCAUGGCGACCAGGCGUCGGGGGCGCGACCGCUGGGAGCGGAGCCCCCCGGAACGGAGGCCGCGGGGCCCCCGGGCCGAGGAGGAGGCGGCCUCCCCGCCGGUCCUGUCCCUCAGCCACUUCUGCAGGUCGCCCUUCCUCUGCUUCGGGGACGUGCGCCUGGGAGCCUCGCGGACGCUGCCCCUGGCCCUGGACAACCCCAACGCGGAGGCGACCACCGUGAGGCUGUCCCGUGGCCCGGCCACCGAGUGCGGUUUCACCGUCUGGCCUAGCGCCUUCGUGCUGCAGCCUAAAGAAAAAAUUGUUAUUUCUGUUACCUGGACACCGUUAAAAGGAGGCCGAGUAAGAGAGGUCGUGACAUUUCUUGUAAAUGAUGUUCUAAAACACCAAGCUAUAUUACUAGGAAAUGCAGAGGAGCCGAAAAAGAAAAAGAGGAGUCUUUGGGAUACCAUUAAUAAAAAGAAAGUAUCAGCCUCUUCAGGUCAUAACCAGAAGAUUUCAAAUAUUCAAAAUGUAAACAAAACAUUUAAUGUUUCCUCAAAAUUUGACAGAGUUAGGAGCCCACUACAAGCAUGUGAGAAUCUGGCUACGAAUGAAAGCUCCUCCCCAACAGAAAACAAUUCUUUAAUCCUUGAAGAAAAUAAAGUACCCAUAUCACCUAUCAGUCCCACUUUCCAAGAGUGCCAUGGGGAGACCUGCUUGCCAGUUUCUGUCCAUCGAUCUACUACCUACACAUCACUUCCUGCAUCUAAAAAUGGGGAACUAUUAAAAGUAGAAGGUGACAACAUUGUAAAAGAUUUUCAUUUUAAUGAGACAGUCAUAACUGAAACUUCCUUUGACUCCAUAAAUAAUCUUAAUGGCCAAAUUGACGAGAACAGUAAACUUGCUCUUACCCCAAACUAUUCUUCAACGUUGAACAUCACACAAAGCCAAGGAAAUUUUCUAAGUCCGGAUUCCUUUGUGAAUAAUAGCCGUGCAGCUAAUAAUGAACGAGAAUUAGUGAUGUGUCUUUCACCAGGUAUGUGUGUGAAAGGUAAUUCAAGGCCUGUGAUUUUGGAGUCAAAAAGUGUAUGUGAAAUUUAUCAGACAAUUUUAAGUCCAGAUUCUUUCAUAAAUGAUAAUUAUGGACUAAAUCAGGAUCUAGAAUCAGAGUCAAUUAAUCCAAUUCUAUCCCCAAAUCAAUUUUUAAAAGAUAAUAUGGCAUACAUAUGUGUAUCUCAGCAAACAUGUAAAUUGUCACCAUUAUCAAAUGUAAAUUCUCAGGCCUCACGACCUUCUCAGGAUGAGAGAAAAAAUGAAGUUUUACCUUGUAUUCCUGAAUGUCAGGGUUCAAAAUCUCCAAAAGCUACUUUUGAAGAAUCCAAAGCUUUAGAAAUGAAGUCAAAUUGUUAUACUUUUAAGAAACGGAACCAGCCUAAAUUUUCUGCAGUUCAGGAUAUUUCUAGUGACAGCCACGAUAAACCUCUUAAGAGACGCCCAAUACUUUCUGCCACUGUUACUAAAAGAAAGCCCACUUGUGCCAGAGAAAACCAAACGGAGGCUAAUAAACCGAAGGCAAAAAGAUGUCUCAGUGUUGUAGUGGGUGAGUGUGAAAAAGAAACAGAUGAUCACAAAGAGAAAGAUGAUUUUCAUUCUUUUCUUCCAGCUAGAGAUUUAAUACUGAGUAGACCUAAGAGUUGUAAAAAUGUGAUAACUCCUCCCUCAAAGGUAGCUUUAGUUGCUCGUAAAAGAAAGAGUGAGGGAAACACAGAAGAUGCAAAUUUGAAGGUUACAGUUACAGAAUGCACAGAAGUACAAGAAAUCAAAAGGAUCCAUUAUUCUCCUGUGGAGUCCAAAACAUCAACUGUUAAAAACACAAAAAAAGUGAUAACCUCCACCUCGAAACGAAUUAGCAACAGAGAGAAAUUAAAGCUGAAGAAGAAAACUGAUUCUUUAGGACACAGAACUCCUAAUUUUAAAACAAACAAAAAGACAAAACCCAUUGUUCCUGUGGCACAAUCUAAUUUGACCUUCAUAAAACCACUAAAAACAGGUAUUCCUAGACACCCAAUGCCGUUUGCUGCAAAAAACAUAUUUUAUGAUGAACGCUGGAAGGAAAAGCAGGAGCAGGGCUUUACCUGGUGGCUAAAUUUUAUAUUAACUCCUGAUGACUUCACUGUAAAAACAAAUAUUUCUGAAGUAAAUGCUUCCACUCUUCUUUUGGGAGUAGAGAAUCAACAUAAAAUAAGUGUCCCGAGAGCUCCUACCAAGGAUGAAGUGUCUCUCAGAGCUUACACCGCUCGCUGCAGGUUGAAUAGAUUACGUCGUGCUGCGUGUCGCUUAUUUACUUCUGAAAAAAUGGUUAAAGCUAUGAAAAGGCUUGAAAUUGAAAUUGAAGCUAGGCGGUUAAUUGUUCGAAAAGACAGACACCUCUGGAAAGAUGUGGGAGAACGGCAGAAAGUCUUGAAUUGGCUGUUGUCAUAUAAUCCUUUGUGGCUACGAAUCGGCCUAGAGACAAUAUACGGAGAACUCAUCCCUUUGGAAGACAACAGUGAUGUCACAGGGUUGGCAAUGUUUAUUCUGAAUCGCUUGCUUUGGAAUCCUGAUAUUGCAGCCGAGUAUAGGCACCCGACCGUUCCUCAUCUAUAUGGAGAUGGUCAUGAAGAAGCUUUGUCUAAGUUUACAUUGAAAAAGCUAUUGCUGUUGGUUUGCUUCCUUGAUUAUGCUAAAUUCUCCAGACUUAUUGAUCACGAUCCUUGCCUCUUCUGUAAAGAUGCUCAGGUCAAGGCUAGUAAAGAAAUUCUUCUGGCUUUUUCACGAAACUUCCUAGGCGGUGAAGGUGACCUGUCCCGUCACCUGAGCUUCCUGGGAUUACCUGUGAACCACGUUCAGACACCUUUCGAUGAAUUUGAUUUUGCUGUGACAAAUCUUGCUGUAGACUUGCAAUGUGGGGUGCGUCUUGUGCGAACCAUGGAACUUCUCACACGAAACUGGAAUCUCUCAAAGAAACUCAGGAUUCCUGCAAUAAGUCGUCUUCAAAAGAUGCACAAUGUUGACAUUGUUCUUGAAAUUCUUAAAUCACGAGGAAUUCAGUUGAAUGAUGAGCAUGGAAAUACAAUCCUCUCUAAGGAUAUUGUGGAUAGGCACAGAGAAAAAACUCUGGCUUUGCUUUGGAAGAUAGUAUUGGCUUUUCAGGUGGAUAUUUCCCUUAAUUUAGAUCAGCUAAAGGAAGAAAUUGACUUUUUAAAGCACACACAGAGUAUGAAGAAAACAAUGUCUGCACUGUCAUGCCAUUCUGAUGCUGUUAUCAGUAAGAAAGACAAAAGGCAUAGUGGUCACUUUGAACAAUAUAGUGAAAGCGUAAAGCUCCUGAUGGAUUGGGUAAAUGCUGUCUGUGACUUCUAUAAUAAAAAAGUGGAGAAUUUUACAGUGUCUUUCUCAGAUGGCCGGGUGUUAUGUUACCUGAUCCACCACUACCAUCCUUGCUAUGUGCCUCUUGCUGCCAUAUGUCAGCGUACCACCCAAACCGUAGAGUGUACGCAAACUGGUUCUGUGGUGUUAAACUCAUCAUCUGAAUCUGAUGAAAGUUCCCUGGAUUUGUCUCUUAAAGCACUUGAUCAGGAAAAUACUUUGGAACUGUACAAAGAACUCCUCGAAAACGAGAAGAAAAAUUUUCAGUUGGUCAGGUCUGCAGCUAGAGACCUCGGUGGAGUACCUGCUAUGAUCCAUCACUCAGAUAUGUCAAAUACAAUUCCCGACGAGAAGGUGGUUAUUACCUAUUUGUCAUUUCUUUGUGCAAGGCUUUUGGAUCUUCGUAAAGAAACGAGAGCCGCCCGACUUAUACAAACAACUUGGAGAAAAUAUAAGCUAAAAAAAGAUCUAAAACGCCAUCAGAAGAGAGACAAAGCUGCAAGAAUUAUUCAGUCAGCUGUAAUCAAUUUUCUAACUAAACGACGAUUUAAAAAGGAGGUCAACGCAGCACUGGUCAUUCAGAAAUAUUGGCGAAGACUCUUAGCGAAGAGAAAAUUAUUAAUGUUAAAAAAGGAAAAUCUAGAAAAAGUUCAAAAUAAAUCAGCAUCUGUUAUUCAGAGAUAUUGGAGAAGAUAUUCCACUAGAAAACAGUUUCUGAAACUGAAAUAUUAUUCAAUCAUCCUUCAAUCUAGGAUAAGAAUGAUCAUUGCUGUUGCUUCUUACAAACGAUACCUUUGGGCUGCAGUUACAGUUCAGAGGCAUUGGCGUGCUUGUUUAAGAAGAAAGCAGGAUCAACAGAGAUAUGAAAUGCUAAGAUCAUCAACCCUUAUAAUCCAGUCUGUGUUCAGAAGAUGGAGGCAACGUAAAAUGCAACUACAAACAGAAGCUGCAAUAACACUGCAAAGAGCUUUUAGAGAAUGGUGUGUCAGGAAACACGUUAAAGAAGAGAAAGCUGCCAUGGUCAUACAAUCCUGGUACAGGAUGCAGAGAGAAUUACGGAAAUACAUUCAUAUUAGAUCUUGUGUUGUCAUCAUUCAGACAAGAUUUCGGAGCUUUCAAGCCCAAAAGUUAUAUAAAAGGAAAAAAGAGUCUAUCUUGUCUCUCCAGAAGUACUACAAAGCAUAUCUAAAAGGAAAGGUUGAGCGCACCAGCUAUUUGCAGAAACGGGCUGCAGCCAUCCGACUACAGGCCGCUUUCAGGGGAAUGAAAGCUCGUAAUUUACGCAAACAGAUCACCGCCGCUUGUGUCUUUCAGUCAUACUGGAGAAUGAGACAGGACAGACUUCGAUUUCUAAACCUUAAGAAAAAUAUUAUCAGAUUGCAGGCACACAUAAGGAAGCAUCAACAAUCACAGAAAUAUAAGAAGAUGAAGAAAGCUGCCCUUGUAAUUCAGAUUCAUUUUCGAGCUUACAUUUCAGCCAAGAAAGUUCUAGCUUCUUACCAGAAGACACGAUCUGCUGUCAUUGUUCUGCAGUCUGCAUAUAGAGCGAUGCAGGCCAGGAAAAAGUUUAUUCACAUCCUCACAUCUGUUAUAAGGAUUCAAUCAUAUUACAGGGCUUAUGUUUCCAGAAAAAAAUUCCUGAGGCUAAAAAAUGCUGCAGUAAAGUUACAAUCCAUUGUCAAGAUGAAGCAAACUCGUACACAAUAUUUACAUUUAAGAGCAGCUGCACUAAAGAGAGAAGAACACAUGCGGGCAUCUUGCAUCAAACUGCAAGCUUUUGUCAGAGGGUACCUGGUUCGAAAGCAAGUGAGGUUGCAGAGGAAAGCUGCCGUUUCACUACAGUCUCAUUUCAGGAUGAGAAAGAUACGCCUGUACUACCUGAAAAUCUAUAAAGCAACUGUUGUCAUUCAGAAUUACUAUCGUGCAUACAAAGCACAGGUCAAUCAGAGGAAGACCUUCUUGCAAGUCAAAAGAGCAGUCAUCUGCUUGCAGGCCACUUACAGAGGUUAUAAGGUACGCCAGCUAAUCAAACAACAAUCUACAGCUGCUCUUAAAAUUCAAACUGCUUUUAGAGGCUAUAGUAAGAGGAUGAAAUAUCAAUCUGUGCUUCAGUCUACUCUCAAGAUUCAGAGAUGGUACAGGACACACAAGGCUGUUUCUGACAUACGAACACAGUUUUUAGAGACAAGGGCAGCUGUGAUUUCUCUACAGUCCGCUUACCGUGGCUGGAAAGUUCGGAAGCAGAUCAGAAGGGAACAUCAAGCUGCAGUGAAGAUUCAGUCUGCUUUCAGAAUGGCCAAGGCCCAGAAAGAGUUCGAGUUGUUAAAAACGGCAGCGUCUGUCAUCCAGCAACGUCUGAGAGCGCGGGCUGCAGGGAGGAGGGAACGGAUGGAGUACACUGCGCUCCGCCUUGCAGGAGUGACGCUCCAGUCCACGUGGAGGGGCAGAGCAGCGAGAAGACAGAUUCAGAGGCAACACAAAUGUGCUGUCCUCAUACAGUCGUGCUACCGAAUGUACGUGCAGCGAAAGAAGUGGAAAAUCAUGAGAAAAGCGGCUUGUCUGAUUCAAAUGCACUAUAGGGCUUACAGUACUGGGAGGAAACAGCAUCAUUUGUAUUUGAAAGUCAAAGCAGCAGUAGUAAUCCUACAGUCAGCUUACCGAGGUAUGAGAGUGAGGAAAAAAAUAAAGGGGCACCACAAGGCGGCAGCCGCCAUACAAUCUAGGUUCAGAGCUUACCAAACCAAAAAGAAGUACGCCACCUACAGAGCGGCAGCUGUUAUAAUUCAGCGGUGGUAUCGAGAUACUAAAAUGGCGGACCGUCAGCGUAAGGAAUACCUUACUUUAAAGAAGGCGGCUGUGAAAAUCCAAGCUGUUUAUAGAGGUGUUGCAGUAAGAAGACAGAUUCAGCACAUGCACACAGCAGCCACUCUUAUUAAAGCCGUGUUUAAAAUGCAGCAAUCAAGGAGGAGAUAUCAUCAAAUGAGAACAGCAGCCGUCAUAAUUCAGGUAAGAUACAGAGCAUAUCAUCUGGGUAGAACUCAACGUGCAAAGUACCUGACAACUUGGAAAGCUGUUACCAUUCUCCAGGCCAGUUUCAGAGGAGGACGAGUUAGACAGACCCUGAGAAGGAUGCAGACGGCAGCAACACUCAUCCAGUCCCACUACAGAAGACACAGACAACAAGCUUAUUUUAAUAAGUUGAAGAAGGUGACAAGAAUGGUGCAGCAAAAGUACCGGGCAAUGAGGGAAAGGAACAUACAAUUUCAAAGGUAUAACAAACUGAGACAUUCCGUAAUCUGCAUUCAGGCUGCUUUUAGGGGCAUGGAAGCUAGAAGACGCUUAAAAGUCACGCACUCAGCCGCGGCUGUAAUUCAGAGGAGAUUUAGGACUCUGAUGAUGAGAAGGAGAUUCCUGUCUCUCAGGAAUACUGCUGUGUGGAUUCAGAGAAAAUAUCGUGCAAAUGUUUGCGCAAAGCAUCGCUUACAACAGUUACUACGGUUACAAAAGGCAGCCCUCAAAAUCCAGUCCUGGUACAGAGGGUGGAUGGUGAGGAAGAAGGUGCAAGAGAUGCACCGGGCUGCUACCGUUCUCCAGGCGGCUUUCAGAAGGCACCGUGCACGUGUGAGAUACCAGGCCUGGAGGUGCGCCUCGCGGGUCAUCCAGCAGCGAUACCGGGCAAGCAGGGCCAAACUGCUGCAGAGGCAGCUCUACCGUCAGCAAAGACACUCUGCUGUGGUCCUCCAGGCUGCAUUCAGGGGUAUGCAAACCAGAAGACAUUUGGAAAGGAUGCAUGCCUCUGCAACCCUGAUUCAGAGCAGGUUUAGAUCUUUAGUGAUGAGGAAAAGAUUCCUUUCCCUCAAGAAAGCUGCUAUUUUUGUUCAGAGGAAAUAUCGAGCCACCAUUCGUGCCAAACAUCACUUGCACCAAUUCUUGGAGUUACAGAAGGCAGUCGUUACAAUCCAGGCAUCUUACCGAAGGCUGAUGGUAAAGAAGAAGUUACAGGAGAUGCACAGGGCUGCAGCCCUCAUCCAGGCAACUUUCAGAAUGCACAGAACACACCUUACCUUUCAGACCUGGAAACACGCCUCGAUUCUCAUUCAGCAGCAUUACCGAGCAUACAGAGCUGCAAAAUUGCAAAGAGAGCAUUAUGUCCAGCAAAGGCAUUCUGCAGUGGUCAUUCAGGCUGCAUAUAAGGGGAUGAAAGCAAGACAGCUUUUAAGGGAAAAGCACAGAGCUGCUGUCAUAAUACAAAGCACAUACAGAACGUACAGGCAGUAUUUUUUCUACCAAAAGCUUCAGUGGGCUACAAAAGUAAUACAAGAAAGAUAUAGAGCCAAUAAAAAGAAAGCUCUUCAACACAAUGCACUCAAGGAAGCAGCAACCUGUGUCCAAGCAGACUCUCAGGAUAUGAUCAUAAGGAGAGAGAUUCAGGAAAAGCAGCAUCCGGCUGCCGUUACUGUUCAGAAGCAUUUUAGAGCCUUUAAAACAAGGAAGCACCAUCUCCAUUUUAGAGCAAAGGUAGUUUUUGUUCAAAGAAGGUACAGAGCACUAGUUGCAGUGCAAACCCAGGCAGUCAUUUGUAUACAGUCUUAUUACAGAGGCUUUAAGGCACGAAGGGGUAUCCAACUCAUGCACCUGGCUGCCACCCGAAUUCAGUCAUUCUACCGAAUGUACAGGGCCAGAGUGGAUUAUCAGGCAAAGAAAAUGGCAAUUGUUGUUAUACAGAAUUAUUACAGGUCAUACGCCAGAGUAAAAAUGGAAAGAAAAAAAUUUUUAGCCAUUCAGAAAUCUGUAAGACCUAUUCAGGCUGCUUUUAGUGGCAUGAAAGUUAGACAGAAAUUUAAAAACAUGCCCGAAGAAAAAAUGGCAGUCCCUGCUACCCAAUCUGCAUUCUGCUGUCCCAGAACUGAAACUCAGGAUGAAGCUGGCCAAAGCCCAGCACUUAUGGUUCAAAGGCGCUGUAAAGCUUCUCUGGUUGGUCCCUUACAGGAAGCAGAGUAUCAUUCUGAAAGAAAGGCUGCAGUAGCAAUUCAAAAAGCUUUUCGUAAAAUGGUCACAAGAAGAUUGGAAAAGCACAAGCGUGCUGCCGUGCGAAUUCAGUCCUUCCUUCAGAUGGCUGUGUAUCGAAGAAGAUUCAUUCAGCAGAAAAGGGCGGCUAUCACUUUACAGCGGUAUUUCAGGAGAAGGCAAACCAGAAAACAGUUUUUAUUGUAUAGAGAAGCAGCAGUCGUUUUACACAGAGCCUUUUUGUCUGCAAAACAUCAAAGAGAAGUUUAUUUACAAAUAAGAAGCAGUGAUAUCAUUAUUCAAGCUAGAAUGGAAGGAUUUAUACAGAAACGGAAGUUUCAGAAAAUUAAAGAUAGCACCAUAAAAAUCCAGACUGUGUGGAGGAGACACAAAGCCAGGAAAUAUUUACGUGAAGUGAAAGCUGCCUGCAAGAUUCAAGCCUGGUACAGGUGUUGGAAAGCACGUAAAGAGUAUCUGGCUGUGUUAAGAGCUGUUAGAAUCAUUCAGGGUUGCUUCUGUACCAAACUGCAGAGAAGACGGUUUUUGAAUGUGAGAGCAUCAACAAUCAUCAUUCAGAGAAAAUGGAGAGCUGUACUUUCUGGAAGAACAGCUCGUGAGCAAUUAUUAGUGACAAAAAGACAUCAAGCUGCUUGUUUGAUCCAAGCAAAUUUCAGAGGAUAUAAAGGAAGGCAGGUCUUCCUCCAGCAGAAAUCAGCUGCUUUGACCAUACAAAGAUACAUACGAGCCAGGAAGGCUGGGAAGUGUGAGAGGAUAAAAUAUGUUGAAUUAAAAAAAUCUACAGUUGUUCUACAAGCACUGGUGCGCGGUUGGUUAGUAAGAAAAAGGAUUUUAGAACAGAGAGCCAAAAUUAGGCUUCUUCACUUCACGGCAGCUGCCUUUUAUCACCUCUCUGCUCUUAGAAUUCAAAGAGCGUACAGACUUCACAUGGCUCUGAAGAAUGCUAAUAAUAAACAGGUUAACUCAGCCAUCUGUAUUCAGAGAUGGUUUCGAGCAAGAUUACAGCAGAAGAGGUUUCUUCAGAAACAUAGCUUCAUAAAAAUUCAGAAUGAAGCUCAAGAACGUAUGAACCAGCAAAAUAGGGCUGCAUCAGUAAUACAGAAAGCCGUAUGCCGUUUUCUCCUCCGUAAAAAGCAGGAAAAAUUUAAUAAUAGAAUCACUAAAAUUCAGGCGUUAUGGAGAGGAUAUUCUUGGAGGAAGAAAAAUGAUUGUACAAAAAUUAAAGCCAUUCGACAGAGACUUCAGUGCGUUAACAGGGAGAUUCGAGAAGAAAACAAGCUCUACCACAGAACCGCACUUGCCCUGCACUAUCUCCUGACAUACAAGUACCUUUCUGCUAUUCUUGAGGCUCUAAAGCACCUGGAGGUAGUUACUAGAUUGUCUUCACUUUGCUGUGAGAAUAUGGCCCAGAGUGGAGCAAUUUCUAAAAUAUUUGUCUUGAUCCGAAGCUGUAACCGUAGUGUCCCUUGUAUGGAGGUCAUCGGAUACGCUGUGCAGGUCUUGCUUAACGUCGCCAAGUAUGAGAAAACGACUUCAGCAGUUUAUGAUGUAGAAAACUGUGUAGAUACACUGCUGGAGCUUCUGCAAAUGUACCAAGAAAAGCCCGGUGACAAAGUUGCAGACAAGAGUAGAAGCAUUUUCACGAAAACUUGUUGUUUGUUAGCUGUUUUACUGAAGAGGACAAAUCGAGCUUCUGAUGUUCGAAGUAGGUCCAAAGUUGUUGACCGUAUUUAUAGUCUCUACAAACUUACAGCUCAUAAACAUAAAGUGAAUACUGAAAGAAUCCUUUGUAAACAAAAGAAGAAAUCUUCUAUGAGCAUUUCCUUUAUUCCAGAAACACCUGUAAGAACCAGAAUGGUUUCAAGACUUAAACCGGAUUGGGUGUUGAGAAGAGAUAACCUGGAAGAGAUCCUGAAUCCUCUGAAAGCUAUUCAGAUGGUGAUGGACACACUUGGCAUUCCUUAUUAGCAAAGGCAAACGUCUCAGUGUGUACAGGAAAAGAAAUAGGAAAGCCGAUCACACGUGUGGAGAGUGCUUUUG